AUGUCGUCCAAAAAGAUCGAGCAAUGGGAGAUCGAAAGAUACUGGGAGAUCUUCGCCUCCCUCUCCAAUGGCCAAUCCCGCCUCAACAGCACCCAAGCCGCCUCAGUGCUACGAAACAGCCGCCUGCGCGAUGAUCAACUUGAGAAGGUCUGGGACAUUGCCGACGUUGACGGCGACGGCGAGCUAGACUUUGAAGAAUUCUGUGUAGCCAUGCGCCUUGUCUUCGAUCUUGUCAACGGCCUCCAAGAGGUCCCGGCCGUGCUACCCGACUGGCUAGUCCCCGAAUCCAAAUCACACCUCGUCCAGGCUACGAGAGCAUUAAGCAGCCGCCCCGAACAGUUCGAGCGCAUAGAAGAUGAGGACGACUCGCUUGGUCUAAAGGAUGGAUUUGAUUGGUACAUGAAACCGGCCGAUCGGUCCAAGUACGAGGAUAUCUACAAUGCGAGCCGCAAUCCGCGCGGCCAGAUUACCUUCGAAUCACUAAGCGCUCUAUAUGACUCCCUCGAUGUUCCUGAUACGGAUGUUCACAACGCUUGGAACCUCGUUAACCCUUCCUCCGGCGGAGCGAUCAACAAGGACGCCGCGCUCGCUUUCCUACAUAUUCUAAACUACCGCCACGAGGGAUUCCGCAUCCCGCGCACCAUUCCUGCAUCACUCCGGGCCUCGUUCGAAAGUAACCAGAUCGACUACCAGAUUGAUAACAACGCGCGGCCUGCGCAGCGCUGGGCUGGAGAGGGGAAUACCGAGACAACGACUGGCCGGAAGGCCAAAUUCGGCGACACUUAUCUAAGCCGACUGGGUGUCGGCGGCAAGGGAUCUUACCAGCCUAAGGGGACAGACUUUGGCGAGACGAUCCAGGAUGAAGAGUGGGAGAAGGUGCGGUUGCGUCGGGAGCUGGCGGAGAUUGAGGAGAAGUUGAAGGCGGCUACUCAGGCCAGCGAAAGCCGGCGGGAUCAGUCGCGGAAUGACGGACGGCCGAAUUGGGUGCUUAUUAAGAAGGAGGCGCUACAGCUUUUGGAGUAUAAAGAGCGGGAGUUGAGGGAGUUGAGGGAAGGGACGGGACGGUCGAAGGAAGGCCAGGAUUUGGAGCGCUUAAGGGAGGAUGUCAAGACUGUUGGGGAUCAGGUUGAAGGGUUGAAGAGUCAUUUAUUGCAGCGGAAGGGUGUUCUUGCGGAUUUGAAGAGCGAUAUUGAACAUGAAAGGGCUCGUCGAUGA